UGGGGAGGCUGCUCCGGAAGCCCCGGCGCCCCCGCCCCGGCCGCUGGCCCUGGAGAGGGCGGACCGCGCCACGCGGGGCAGGAGCACACGGCCGCCGCCUCGGGGCCCCAGCCUCUCCGCGGACCCCGAGCCUCUCCCGGGUCCCGAACCCCUCCCGGGACCCCAAGUCUGUCCCUCGACCCCGCGGCCAUGGCGCGCGUGCGCGCGGCGCCCCUGCUCGGCGGCCUCCUGGUGCUCCUGGCGCUGUGCCCCGGGGGGCGCCCGCAGACCGUGCUCACCGACGACGAGAUCGAGGAGUUCCUCGAGGGCUUCCUGUCGGAGCUGCAGCCUGAGCGCCAGGAUUACGACGUGGAGGCCCCAGCGCCCCCCCAGCGUGCGCACCCUGCCCAGGAGGGGGGCCAGGCGGGGGCGGCCGAGGGAGCACUGCUGGAGAAGGCCAAAGACAAAGGGAAGAAAGGAAAAAAGGACAAGGGCCCCAAGGCAACAAAGCCGCCCCCUUCAGGGGAGACCCCCAGGCCACCUAAGAAGGGGAAAGAAAAGCCACCCAAGGCCACCAAGAAGCCCAAGGAGAAGCCACCCAAGGCCACCAAGAAGCCCAAGGAGAAGCCACCCAAGGCCACCAAGAAGCCCAAGGAGAAGCCACCCAAGGCCACCAAGAAGCCCAAGGAGAAGCCACCCAAGGCCACCAAGAAGCCCAAGGAGAAGACACCCAAGGCCACCAAGAAGCCCAAGGAGAAGCCACCCAAGGCCACCAAGAGGCCCCCAGCAGGGAAGAAGUUCUCCACUCCAGCUCCCUUAGAAGCUGAGGAGUGGCCGCUGCCCCCACCCCACAACCCUGGCCCUGAGGAGCCAGUCCAGGAGGGAGAGGAUGCCUUCCCAAAUGCCUGGCAGGGUCCGGAAGAGGAGACCCAGGGGGCAGCCCGGAAGCACCAGCCUGAACCGGAGGAGGAGACCGAGAUGCCCACACUGGACUACAAUGACCAGAUAGAGAGGGAGGACUACGAGGACUUCGAGUACAUCCGGCGCCAGAAGCAGCCCAGGCCAGCGCCCAGCAGGAGGAGGUUCUGGCCAGAGCGUCCUGAGGAGAAGGCUGAGGAGCCGGAGGAGAGGCGGGAGGAGAGGCCGGAAGAGAGGCCGGAGGAGAGGCCGGAGGAGAGGAAGGAAGAGAUCGAGCCACCUCCGAAGCCACUGCUGCCUGACUAUGGGGAUGGCUUCGUGAUCCCCAACUACGAUGACAUGGACUACUACUUCCCGCUGCCUCCACCGCCGAAGCCCGAUGCCGGGCAGGAGACGGAUGAAGAGAAGGAGGAGCUGAAGAAACCCAAGAAGGAGGGUGGCAAGGAGGACACUGAGGACAGAUGGGCUGUGGAGAAGGGCAAGGACCAUAAAGGCUCCCCGAAGGGCGAGGACGUGGAGGAGGAGUGGGCUCCAGUGGAGAAGAUCAAGUGCCCACCCAUCGGGAUGGAGUCACAUCGCAUCGAGGACAACCAGAUCCGAGCCUCCUCCAUGCUGCGCCACGGGCUGGGGGCCCAGCGCGGCCGGCUCAACAUGCAGGCUGGCGCCAAUGAGGACGACUACUACGACGGUGCAUGGUGUGCCGAGGACGACCCACACACGCAGUGGAUCGAGGUGGACACCAGAAGGACCACUCGGUUCACGGGCGUCAUCACCCAGGGCCGGGACUCCACCAUCCAUGAUGACUUCGUGACCACCUUCUUUGUGGGCUUCAGCAAUGACAGCCAGACGUGGGUGAUGUACACCAACGGCUACGAGGAAAUGACCUUCCACGGGAAUGUGGACAAGGACACGCCGGUGCUGAGCGAGUUCCCAGAGCCCGUGGUGGCUCGCUUCAUCCGCAUCUACCCGCUCACUUGGAACGGCAGCCUGUGCAUGCGCCUGGAAGUGCUGGGCUGCCCCGUGAGCUCCAUCUACAGCUAUUACACACAGAACGAGGUGGUGGCCACUGAUGACCUGGACUUCCGGCACCACAGCUAUAAGGACAUGCGCCAGCUGAUGAAGUUGGUGAAUGAGGAGUGUCCCACCAUCACCCGCACGUACAGCCUGGGCAAGAGCUCUCGAGGGCUCAAGAUCUACGCCAUGGAGAUCUCGGACAACCCCGGGGAGCAUGAGCUGGGGGAGCCUGAGUUCCGCUACACAGCGGGGAUCCAUGGCAACGAGGUGCUGGGCCGCGAGCUCCUGCUGCUGCUCAUGCAGUACCUGUGCCGUGAGUACAGAGGCGGGAACCCGCGUGCGCGCAGCCUGGUGCAGGACACGCGCAUCCACCUGGUGCCCUCGCUGAACCCCGAUGGCUAUGAGGUGGCAGCACAGAUGGGCUCCGAGUUCGGGAACUGGGCACUGGGGCUGUGGACCGAGGAAGGCUUUGACAUCUUUGAGGACUUUCCGGAUCUCAACUCUGUGCUCUGGGGAGCUGAGGAGAGGAAAUGGGUCCCCUACCAGGUCCCCAACAAUAAUCUGCCCAUCCCAGAACGCUACUUGUCCCCAGAUGCCACGGUGUCCACAGAGGUCCGGGCCAUCAUCGCCUGGAUGGAGAAGAACCCCUUUGUGCUGGGAGCAAACCUGAAUGGUGGUGAACGGCUCGUGUCCUACCCCUAUGACAUGGCCCACACGCCCAGCCAGGAGCAGCUGCUGGCGGCAGCCAUGGCGGCUGCCCGUGGGGAGGAUGAAGAAGAGGUGUCUGAGGCCCAGGAGACCCCGGACCACGCCAUCUUCCGGUGGCUGGCCAUCUCGUUCGCCUCUGCCCACCUCACCAUGACCGAGCCCUACCGGGGAGGAUGCCAGGCUCAGGACUACACCAAUGGCGUGGGCAUUGUCAAUGGAGCCAAGUGGAACCCCCGGUCAGGCACCAUCAACGACUUCAGCUACCUGCACACCAACUGCCUGGAGCUCUCUAUCUACCUGGGCUGUGACAAGUUCCCGCACGAGAGCGAACUGCCCCGUGAGUGGGAGAACAACAAGGAGGCACUGCUCACCUUCAUGGAGCAGGUGCACCGUGGCAUCAAGGGUGUGGUGACGGAUGAGCAAGGCAUCCCCAUUGCUAAUGCUACCAUCUCCGUGAGCGGCAUCAACCACGGCGUGAAGACAGCAAGUGGCGGGGAUUACUGGCGCAUCCUGAACCCAGGUGAGUACCGCGUAACGGCCCACGCAGAAGGCUACACCCCCAGCGCCAAGACCUGCAACGUGGACUACGACAUCGGGGCCACCCAGUGCAACUUCAUCCUGGCCCGCUCCAACUGGAAGCGCAUCCGGGAGAUCAUGGCCAUGAAUGGGAAUCGGCCCAUCUUCCGUGUGGACCCCUCACGCCCCAUGACCCCCCAACAGCGGCGCCUGCAGCAGCGGCGCCUGCAGCAGCGGCUGCGGCUGCGGCAACAGAUGCGGCUGCGGCGCCUCAAUGCCACCUCAGCCCCCACCACGACCCCCACCCCAACACCUGUCCCGACCCCUGCCCCCACCUCUACCCUGGUUCUCACCCCGGGCCCCACACAAGGACCCCAGGACCUUCUACCCCAUACCACAGAGGGCUGGGAGGAGUUGGAGACCGAGACCUACACAGAGGUGGUGACAGAGCUCAUGACGGAAUAUGGGACUGAGCUGGAGCCCGUGGAGGAAGGGGAGGGAGAGGAAGAGGAGGAAAUCACCGGCCUCGAAUUCCCCUUCACGACAGUGGAAACCUACACGGUGAACUUUGGGGACUUCUAAGACCAGGGCUGGCACGCCCUGGGCAACUCAAGCUAUAGCAGCAGCCCAAAGUCUGCACCCCUGGACAUGCAGCCUUCAGCACCAGAGGCGCCGGGUGCCUCCCACGGGGCACAGGCCACAGGGACCUACGGGCCAGAGUCUGCAUGGAGGCCCUGCUCUGCCUCGGGGAGGGGCAGGCCAGGGAGGCCAAGGUCACAUCAAUAAAGCCAGCUCACAACACUGA